AUGCCGGGAGAACCAGUGGCAAAAGGGCUGGCCAAGGAUUGGGAAGAGUUGAAGCCGGUAAGGGACUUGCUCCUAAACACUGGCCGCCUGAUACAGCCGGAUCCUUCGAUUGGCCAAAUCUCUGACACAGUGGAAUGCGUGGCAAUCAAUGCACCAGUCCUGGAGUUGAAGAACAUCCGCAAGGCUUUGGAAUGCUCUGCUUCGGCUUUUGGGGAAAAUGUCAUCAAGAAGGAAGCUUGGUUCAUCAGGAAGGCUUCAGUUUUGAUCAAGAAGAAAAUCUCCCGCCGCCAGUAUCCUCGCAAUCGAGACUUUGUCCAUUUGAUGUCUUUGGUGGCGGGGAGUUUGGACGGUGCUGCCGAUGAUGAGGCAGGGCAAGGAAAAUCAGAUCCUGACAAUAGUCCAGCUGAUGAUGAUGGUGCAAAUGAUGAUGAACUUCACCAUGGUCCAUGUGGUCUACCUGACACUCUUCAAGUGGUGCUUGACAGUGAUGUCGAGAUGGAAGAAGCACCUUCUGAGAUUGUGGCGCCUGCUGAGAUGCCCCAAGAUCCCCAAGCUCUUGCCAAUGAAGGGCAUGAAGGGUCAAAUGAUCGCCCCAGUUCUGGCAAGGAUGAACAUGAGAUGGUGGCCUUGCCGGUUCCUCCUUUCGACAUGGAUGAGAAAAGUGAGCUGGUCGAUGGCAAUGAGAGUGCGCCUUCCAAAGGCACUAGCCAUGACCAAGUUGACUCAACCAUUGAGCAAGCUCUUCCAGCGGGCGAUGGAGAUGAUCCCAAUAAUGCUUGCGCUGCAAGACUUGCCAGAGGCAAAUCUCAUCUUGAUAUCUUGAUUCCUGACUCACAGUUCCUUUUUGGUGAAGGUGAUAUGGUUGAUGGUCCAGGAGAUGCUGAGGAGUUCAUUGCUGAGGACAAAAAGCUCCCCUAUGUCGAGUCUGGAGGUUCCAAGCCCAUCAUCAGCGAUGGAGAUCUGGCCAGUAUGGAGCGUGAACUUUCCCUCCUCCUCCAAGAGGAGAAGGCAUUGAUUUUUGGCUCCAAGUGA